GACCGUGCUUGUCAAUCUGAUAAGCUUCUUCCCUUUAUCCGAGAAUCGAUAGGCUUUUGUUGUUUGUUUACGCUUUUGACGUAUAUUGAAAGACAUGCUUAUUUGCGCUGAUAAUAGGAAAUGGGAACGAAGGGUUAGGCUUUUUCAGGCACACUCAGCCACUUUCUCCAUGAGCGGAAAAGUCAUUAGCCGUACAGGCAUAAUUUGCGGCGCGGAUUUGCGGUUUGCGGCCGUAUCAAAAACACUGGACGCCGCAAAUUUUGGUUCAGUAUUCUUUUCAUUGCGGAACCAUUGUUCCUAGGACUUUACAGGUUUUGGAGAAAAAUUUACAGAUUCUCAUUUUUACAGAUAAUUUUACAGGGACC